GCUGUCGAAUAUUGAUUUUGCAAAUUUAGCACAUUUGUCGCAUUAUUAUUGUUUUUAUGAACCAAUGCUGUGGAACUGUGGAUUGGCGCCAAAAAGCUCGCGACGCUUGGGCAGUAGCGCAGUAGCUUGUGGCUGCUAUGUUGAUUCAUUGUUCGUUGCUUUCUUUAAGCAGCGCCUCAUCAGCCUCAAUCAAAGAUAGAUGAUCAAGCAAAGGAGUCCGAAAAACCACAAUGACGACAUUAGCCAAGAGCUAACGGAGGUAUCUAUCGAAGAAGGCAAACCGACGAGUCCGCUACAAAGCUCCAUUCAACAGCAUCCAUUUCCCUUGCAACUAAAGAUAUGCAUCUACGCCUCAGUGUUCUUUGGGGCCAUGAUUGUUCAUGAAGUUGCCUUGGAGGCAGCUGCCUACUCUUUUGGGCACCUGGAUGCUCUAGCCAGCGCCGUCACCUUUGUUCAAUUCUUGUUUUGUGUCAUUUUCCCGCUAUCAAUCUCCAGAGGGAAAGGACUGCAAGAUUUGCCCAAAACAGUCAAAAAGCUCAUGCCCUACACAAGGUUAAGUCUCUUGGUCUUUUGUGCUGCAGGCAUGGCAUCGCGGUCAGUGCGCUAUGUCACCUAUCCCACCAAAGUUAUAUUCAAAGCAUCCAGACUUAUCCCAACCAUGCUGGUAGCAGGAAUGUGGCAAGGGGAACGAUAUACUCCAUUGGAGUAUCUGUCGGCCUUUCUCUUGUGCGCUGGGGCAGCUGGAUAUGCCUACGGUAGCGGAAGAGAUGCCACGGGCGACAACUCCACUCCUCAUGCAGAAAAUUGGGGUAUCUUCCUGCUGAUCAAUAGUGUUAUCUGUGAUGCCGUUGUUCCCAACUACCAAAAGAUGCUAUUGAAUCAAGGGGUCUCGCCAACGCAACUCAUGAUCAAUGUCAACACUGUGGGUACCAUUGCAGCCCUGCUAUAUUUGUGCCUGACGGGUCAACUAUUCCCCAUUUUGGCAGCUUGCCAAGCCCAUCCACAGUUACUGUUCGACUUGGUUUGUGUUGGUGUGGGGGUUUCCAUUGCAGUUUGGGCUUACACAAAUCUACUGGAAGCAACCUCAUCGGUGGUGGCCGUGGGCGUGGCCACCGUUCGAAAAUUCGCGACAGUGGCAUUAUCCUAUUUUUUGUUUCCCAAACCGUUGCCGACAAACCACAUUUUUGCUGCUGGACUGGUGUUUGGGGGACUGGCCCUGAGCACAGUGGCUGCGAAAGACCGAAACAUUAUUGGUCCACCAAAGGUGUUCCAGUUGAAACUUCCACAACCCACGAAUUCAUGAUCCCCUGCAUGGAUUGUGUAUACCGUAUAUCUGUGGCGGAAACCAGGCUGGUCGGUAGGUGCUCUGGCCAAGGUUCAUGUUUCUACCGCUCUUGGUAUCAAUGGCCACAACAGAAGAACUUCAUCUUCAUGCCAGUAAACUGAGCGAACAUGGCAGUUUUGAUGACAACUUUUUGAGCCCCUGGGCCUACGAAAGACGAGGUUUUGCCUUGACUACUCCGGUACCAGUAGGAUAUGGAAAAAUGGAGGCUUGCAUGUGAAUUUAUGUGAAUUGGGCGUGGGGUAAUAAAGAAAGCGGACUCCAGCCUGCAAGGGGGCACACACGCAAGUAUGGUCUGACAGUUUGAAGCAGCCAUGGCAUCAAAGAGGAAAUAUCCUCGAGUAAACAUCAUCGUCUGGUCCAAAACCCAGCACAAAAUUUUGGAGUAAAUUGCAAACAGUGUCCAUUCUAAGCUUGCUACAUUCCUACUGCACAACACACUCCGGUUGCUA